GACAUUAAGAUACAGUUCUCACGCUAGUGCUAUUUGCAAUUGUACAAAGAUUAGAAUGUGAUAUGACGUAAAACAGUGUUGCCAAGAAGUAAACUAGCUAGAAGCUCUUACCGACAUUGAGAUACAGUUCUCACGCUAGUGCUGUGGUCCCGGCUGUUUCGGCCUAGAGAGACCGUCAUUCAAAACCUACACAGCAGAAGUAUGCAUACAGUUACGGGAGGUAAUUACAUUGGUGCCUUGCUGAUGAUCCUCAUCGUCACGGACCCUUACACCCCGGUAACCAUGGCGUCAAGAAGGCUGUGGAGACCGGACGUUAUCCACAACCAGUCAACUCUACGUAAUGGUUCUUCGGAAAACAAUGAAACCAUUAGGCUAAGUGAUGGCAACAAUUCGAAGGUAGGCCAAAGCGUUCAUUCCAACCUAUCAGAUGGUUCAGAGAGUGAAACUCCAUCUUUUAAUGGGGACCGAGGCUCUACCGACAUUUUGAUCUUACUCAUAACCAUUUGCCUCGGUAUUUGGUCAGUCGUUGCGAAUUUCCUGCCAGUGGCGGCGGUCCUCAAGCAUGAACUGCUUCAUACGCCAGUCUACAUCUUAAUGGCUAACCUUGCGACAAGUGAUGUCCUUACUGGCAUAGCCUUCGUGUUUGGAAGUGGCGCGACACUGGUCUACGUGCGAACCGAUUCUGGCCCGCCAAACGUCAUGUCGCGUUUCAUGUUCACAUCGAUAUUUCUGUCCGGGCUCUCCUCCGCAUACAGCCUGAUGGCCCUGACGGCUGAGCGCUACUGGUUCAUCGUGCAUGGGAUGACCUACGUCAACAACGUCAACAACGACAAGUGUAAAGUCGUGAUCGUGGUUGUUUGGGUGUGGUCUGGGCUGCUGGCGGCGCUACCCGUCCUCGGAUGGAGCUGUGAGAGUCGUGUAGACGAAGAAUGCCUGCCGAUAGGUGGAGGACUGCCUCACAGCUAUGUGGUUGUCAUUCUCGUGUUCGUUUUCAUCCCGAUGGCGGCAAUCAUCCUCCUCAACAUGGGCGUGCUGUGGUGCCUUUGGAAGCAGGUGAACGCCAUCACUGCACAAGAGGCCUCGGUCGGCGCCCAGUCUAGCGUCAACAGAAAAUCUGCCUUUACCAUCGUCAUCAUCACGAUCGUUUUCUUAGUGGGAUGGAUGCCGAUCUUCAGCACAAUGGCCAUGUUGUCUACAGACCACAUUUCUAUUUACAGAGUGAUGGUCUUUAUCGUAAUGAAUUCGGCAGUCAAUCCUGUCGUCUAUGGCUUUCGUCUCAAAGAGGUCCGCCGCAGCGUUGCACGACUCUUUACGAACAAUAAUGGACGAUGAAAACACUCUGUGUGACUUGAUGACGAUACGAUAUAUACGAUUUACAUGUGUACAAAGAGACUGUUAUAACGUAUGGAAAUUCAAACCUUCCUGGGAGUCCCUGCUAACCUUUUAGCGUUAUCAAAGUCUUGUAAAUAUGAACACUCUGUAUACGUAUAAUUACAUCUAUAUAAUGUGAUUUGUCCAAAAUAAA